GUUACGGCAGUUACCCGCUACGUCACAUCCGCCCUCUGGUUUUUCCCGGAGGUAAACCAAAAUAAAACAGCUGGAAAGAUGCUUCGCCUCACUGCAGAAGCUGUGCUGUUUGAUAAAGCGUGACAUUUAUUCCUCCUGGGUGGGUUUUUUAUCGUCCCUUCGGCAGGAUGUCUUUCCCGCCCUCUUUCGGCCCGCAGGUCGCAGCCAUCAUGGACGUGCUGGCGAAGGCUGCGGUCGCCGAAAUAACGAAGCUGGUGGAGGACGGGACCGUGGUUCUGCGCCUGGAGAUGUGUCGGAGGGACAGUGAGAUUCAGGAGCUCAAGAGAAGUUUGAAGCGGAUGGAGGUUGAACUCUGCAAAGCUCAAGAAGAAGCAGCCACGAGUCGAGCUACGAAGGACGCGCAGGAGCCAACAGCAGCCGGGAGUCAGGUCCUCCAGAAAGAUGAAAAAGAAGACCAGGAAACGUGCGCCGUGUAUCUUGAACCAGAGACUGCUGAUUCAGUCUGUGAACCUCGACUUGAAACACAGGACAGUCGUGACGAGAGGCCAGCGGUGAAACACGAGCCGUCGGAUGAACUUGCCACCCAGGACACAACGGACAACACAGCAGCAGCAGCAGCAGACGUUUGCUUUGAGGCGAGAGAACGAGGCGACCCGAUCUGGCCUCCUCCCGCUUGUAGCAUGCUUGAAAAAAGCUCUGUUGCAAUGCAGCAGCGCAUACAGAUUAUCCCCCCUCACGUGGAGCAAUAUGCUGCUCAUAGGAACACAGAAAGUUCCUUUAACGCUUCAUCAACUGACGCAGAGGGGACGGCAGAUGAUUCCUUAAGCGUGCCGAUAAAAGUAGAGGUGGAGAUUCGACCUAUGUGCAUGGAAAGUACCGCUUCAGAGUCUGGCCACGACGAACAGUUCAGACACGCUUCGCUCCCUGCAGUCGGUCAGGACCGGUGCUUGCAGUCUGCUUCUCAACAGGCUGGUCCCUCGCUGGCCCCUCCUCAUGUGCAGAGGUGUACCGCAGGAACGUUUGGGCCGAACACGGAAGACCACAUCCUCAGUAGAAACAGCCUGAGAGCAAAAAGGCUGAUGAACGUUUGGAGAGCGAAUCAGAGACUGUUCAUCUGCACGGUCUGCAACAGGGGCUUCCCCCGCUUGUCUCAGCUGGAAGAGCACAGGGCCACCCACCAACCCUUUAAACCCUUCAGGUGCCUCGAAUGCGGGAAAUCUUUCACUCAGAAGACCCGGCUGAAGACGCACCAGAGCGUGCACACGGGCGAGAGGCCGUUCAGUUGUAAAAUCUGCGGCAAGAUGUUUUCGAGGCAGGACAACUGCCUGAGACACGAGCGGUUCCACAGCGGGCUGAAGCCGUACAGCUGUGGACAGUGUGGUAAAAGCUUCACUGUGCUGGGUAACCUCAAAAUACAUCAAGAGAUUCACCUGCAGGGAAGAUAGCGCUCAGAUGCUGGGGGCUCUGACUGGGAGAAUUUGCACAAGCACUUAUUUAUCUCGCCAGUGAACUUUGACAGUUUUAAUGCAUUGGAUGCCACUGUGAACUGUCUGCGUGGCAGGAUUGUUCAAACCAUGGGUUGUAACCACUGUACUGCAUGUGUCGGACAUACAGACUCAUUUUCAGACAUACCAGUUUAUUUUUCUCUCUGUGAGGACGAGGCAAUGCAUCUGUUUAUUCUUUAUCAUUGUAAUGGAAGUGUGGGAUUUAUUAAUUACUCUAAGUGAACACAGUACAUUUACAGUUUAUAACAAGCUACAAACUGCCAAAGGAAAAUGUUUCAUUUUGACUUUCCAUUAAUUUUACAGACAUCCUCUUAAAAAUUUCACUUGGAUUAACAGGUUUUCUGUACCUAAAAAAAGGAGUGGGCAAUAUGGAUAAAAUCCACUGUUAUAAUAUAUGUACGUUUUAUAUUACGAUAUUGAUGUAUAUUGUGGUAUACUACAUUUUAUAGAAAGUCUAUUUAUACUAGUCUGUUUUUGCCUAAUCCAGCAAAUGAAUACUUGACUGAUUGCAAAGUAAGUUAAAAUCCAGCACUGCCAUAAAGCAACGCUGCUUAUUGAUUUACAAGGUUACCCACAGUGGUCGAAUAUAUUGGUCCUCAUAUGGUACACGAGGUGUGUGACCUCCCUCUAGUGGUACGUGGAGGAAUCUCUGAAAGAGUAAAAAUUAAUUUAAAAAACAAUAAUAAUACAACAUUUUGAAUGAAGAUACUUAAACUAGGAAGAUCACUGAAAUGUAAUUUAAAGUAAGAUUUGCCUUUCCUGUAAUGUUUUUGUCUCAAUAUCUGCCUGCGACGUAGUGACGUUCCUGCACGAGGAGUCCGUGAUUAGUUACACCUUGUGGUGCAUGAGAGUUGUUUGGAAGAGUUGAAGUGCCAGUGGUAGUGCUACCCCCCCCUUCAACAGUCAACGAGUGUAUUUUUACAUCAGUGUUAAUGGUGGCACUGGUUGCCUUAUAUUUUAUAUUUUCUGAGAAGAUAUGCGGUGUAAAAAGUUUGACGAACUCUGGUCUAAUUCCUCUACAAGGGGUCACAAGAUGAAUGUCAUCAGAUGGUUACUAAGUUAUUUUUAUUUUAUUUACAACUUUUACAUGAGUUUAACCUCUUGAGCCUUGAUGUUAAACACUUUUGGAACUAGCAGAGUGACACAAGUAGGCUUUGUUUUAAAGGCUCAUAUGAAUAAAAAGGUUGGGAAUCAUUGAUCUAAUACACACAGAAAUAUUAAAGAGAAUUACUGAUGAAUGACAAAUUUAUAUUUUCUACUUAUGUUGUCAUAUCGCCCAGCCACACCCUCACUGGAUACCUUUUGUAAUGCCACGUAAUGGGUUUCUCUAGGCUCAUGUUACCUUAUGUACAAAAGACAACAGGUAUCAGAUCAGUACUUGUAUCAGCAGAUAUCCUCACUUCAGGUGCCUUGGAAAGUUUCUGGUUUCCUCUCCCUAACUGGCACUUUUGUAAUAUUCCUUUGUCUUCAUAAUGUUGAAUCUUCCAGAUACAGACUGUGUAUUUAAUCUAAAAUUACUUGUCACACCUUGAUUACACACAAGUGAUGUUUAUUUAACAUGUGGCCUUUUUAUAGACCGUUGGGUGCACCGGCGAGGAUCUAAGUGUGUCAAAGUAAAGGUGAUGUGGAAGUGGGAGAGGGUGUGUGCCUAUGCAACAAUUUAUCGUUUAAUAUUCCUACUUAAUUUUAAAUCUGUCUUUAGGGAUUUGUUUUCUUGUGACAUUAAAGUACGUUAAUGUUCCCAA